AUGGCUCGUAAGGGAUCCAAAGAGCAUGAGAACCUAGACCUAGGCAUUUGCACAGUGCCUGCUGGGCCUGUGCCUGUCCCUGAGAACAGCACUGCUGACCUCCAGGUGGUUAAAAUAAGCUCUGGCAGUGAUGUAACACUGACUGUUGUGGUGAACCCUGAAGAAAUGUUUUACCUGAAAGGCAAAACCCUGAUGGUGAAGAAAGAACUGGACUAUGAGGCUUUACGCAAGAGAGCAGCUCUGGUGGUGUGGGUACAAUGCAGCAGAGCAGGCUCCAAAUCUGUCAAUGAGUCCGUCGAAGUAUUGGUGGAAAAUGUAAACGACAACCCCCCAAACUUUGCUCAGAAUAACUACGUUCUGGAAGUAAAUGAGCUGACUCCAGUGAAUUCCACUGUGGGACUGAUAGAAGCUACUGAUGCUGAUUCUGAACCACUAUUUUAUCGCUUGGAGUCUGCCAUGGAAAAAUACUUCCGGCUCGAGAACAUCAACACUCCAAAAUUACUCGUUAAAAGUGUCAUAGACUACGAUGUUGUGCAGAAAAUCUCAUUGGUUUUACACGUACAGGACACAUUUAAUGGUUCAGCCUCCAAUGAGCCCUUCUUCACAUCCGUGGCCACAAUCACAGUGCAUGUGAAGGAUGUGGAUAACCGGCCACCCUGGUUUCAGCCUUGUGUAAGGACUAAUUUAGGACUUGCCAAGCUGUGUGUGAGCACUGGCUAUCGAGGGAAAGUCAAUCUGACGGAGAAGGAGGAAGGCCCACUGAUACUGGAACCUGGCCCAGUUUUUGCAAAAGAUGGAGACAAGAACAGGAGUGAACAGAUCAGCUACCGGAUUUUAAGAGGGAAUGAAGGAAAUAUAUUCCAGAUAGAUGAAGAAACAGGGAAUAUAAGCAUGACCAAAGCUGUAGAUAUUGUGGGCCCAAUAACUCUCACUGUUCUGGCAUCACAAGUGACCAACAGGGAUCAGUUUGCUGUGACGCAAGUGACCUUUGAUGUGACGAAGAAGAGCAGGAACCCUCCUCAAUUUGAGAAGGAGCGUUACGAGGGCUUUAUCUACAGCAACUCUAUACCUGAGAGCAUGAUCCUCAGGGACCGCAGUAGCAACAGACCCUUCAGGGUCCGAGCGCGAGAUGAGGAUUUUGCCAGUGGUGUGAAUCCAGAUGUAAAAUACGAGGUGCAGUACAGCAGUUACGUCAAUGUGACCUCAGAUGGUUUUGUGAUACUGAAGAGAGUUGUAAAGACGGAGUCAUUUGCACUACAGCUUAGAGCAGUGGACCCAACAACAGGAGAGUUUGGUACAGCUGCCCUCUCUGUUCAGGUUAUACCUGCCGAUGCCAUGCCGUCCCCGGCAAACGUUGGCUACCGUGCCGGUGACAUGGCACUCCUUGGGCUGGUUAUGGCAGCUUUGCUGGUCCUCUGCUUCACUGUGAUUGGCUUCUUGAUUUCCCGCUUGUGGAAGGGCAACUCCAGCGCGGACAAAAUCUGUGAGUGCUUGGACUCUCUGAAAUCUAAACAGCCAAAUACUGGCCACAGAGACUCCCUGCAGUACACCAAUGAUGGCUUCCAGAAUGAGGCCGACGUAAACCGCGGCCGCUGGAAGAACACCCUUCCCAGACGCAGCACCUUCCCCGGAGGCCGAAUCAUGCCCCUGGGGAGACGCAACCGCCACUGCGCCUCCUGCGGUGUCUUCACUAACCACGUCCCCAAAGGGAGUCCCUCGGUAAGACCCUCCAGGAGAGGUCGAGGAGAUGGAGACGAUUACAGCUCAAGGUCCAUCCUGGCCAAGCAGAGGAGGAAGGAGGGGCAGAAGAGUGUGUGGUUCAAGGAACUCGAGGACUCUUCGGACAUUGAGGUGGAGAUUAUCCCGGACACAGUGGGUCAGGUGGAGGAGGAGACACAGGAGGAGCUGGAAGGAGAGCUGGUGAUGGAGGGAGUAGUCAAAGACCCAUGCACAGAGUCUGAAGAUGGACAGGAAAGCCACAACACGGAACGCAAAGCUGAGCAGGACCACGGUAGUACCAUCUCAGAAAAGGAGAAGGAAGGAAACGAGCAGGACGGUUGAAAAGAGGUCUGAUUCAAGUCAGUGUCACUUUUGGAUACUUCCUACAGUCAAAGUCUGAACAGUCCAGUCAAUGAAGACUCAACAUUUGGAUAUCUACAAACCUUAAACUUAAGAUUCAAAGUUUCAAUAGUAUGUACAGUAUUUGCUACUGUGACUUUCUUAGAAUUUAAUGUUCAUGAUGAUUUUAUAGUUAACACAUUGAUUUUAUUAGCAUGAGCUGAAAAAACACCAUUGUUUAUUUCUUAUGCUGACUGCUCAAGACGACAUUUUAAAGCAAUAAUAGCUUAAAGGUCAGUAUUAAUUUCAUUUGUAGAAGUUUUAACAUUUUCAAGUGAACUAAACUGAACUGCAACAUCAGUCACAUAUGGAGAAAACAGACAAUCAGAAUGGUUUUAAGAAAAUAAUGCAUGAUGCAGUUUUAGAGUAGUUAUUGUUGCUGUAAUAUUUGAGGGAAAUGUACACGAUUAGUGUUGUUUGAUGUUAAAACAUUUUUUCAAGAUUUUAUUAUUCAAAUCAUGAUAGUUUUGGAUUAAGUUUACAAACCUACAGUAAAUACAUCUGAACAUGGAGCAACUGAGUUUGACAAAGAAGGAACAUGCAUUUUAUUCAAAGUGAGAAAUAUUCUGGAUUUAAAUGAUAUUUUUGCUUCCAAUGUGCCUUAGAAUUGGGAUGUCUAAUAUAAUGUUAAGAUACUAUAGCACAAAGACACUGGUAAUACAGUGGAUAUGGAAAGUAUUCAGACCUCCUUAAGUUUUUCAUGCUUUGUUAUAUUUGCUAAAAUCAUUUAAGUUAAAAAUUUCCCCCUCAUUGAUGUAGACACAGCACCCCAUAUCGACAGAAAAAAGACAAAAUUGUUGAAAUGUUUGCAGAUUUAUUAAAUAAGAAAAACUGAAAUAUCACACAGCCAUAAGUAUACAGACCCUUUGCUCAGUAUUUAGUAGAAGCACCCUUUUGAGCUAAUACAGCCAUGAGUCUUUUGGGGAAUAAUGCAACAGGUUUUUCACAUCUGGCUUUGGGGAUCCUCUGCCAUUCCUCCUUGCAGAUCCUCUCUCUUUCUGUCAGGUUGGAUGAUGAACGUUGGUGGACAGCCAUUUUCAGGUCUCGCCAGAGAUGCUCAAUUGGGUUUAAGUCAGGGCUCUGGCUGGGCCAUUCAAGAACAGUCACAGAGUAGUUCUGAAGCCACUCCUUUGUUAUUUUAGCUGUGUGCUUCGGGUCAUUGUCUUGUUGGAAGGUGAAUCUUCGGCCCAGUCUGAGGUCCUGAGCACUCUGGAGGUUUUCAUCCAGGAUAUCUCUGUACUUGCCCGCAUUCAUCUUUCCUUCGAUUGCAACCAGUCGUCCUGUCCCUGCAGCUGAAAAACACACCCACAGCAUGAUGCUGACACCACCAUGCUUCAUUGUUGGGACUGUAUUGGACAGGUGAUGAGCAGUGCCUGGUUUUCUCCACACAUACCGCUUAGAAUUAAGGCCAAAAAGUUCUAUCUUGGUCUCAUCAGACCAGAGAAUCUCAUUUCUCACCGUCUUAGAGUCCUUCAGGUGUUUUUUUGUUUGUUUUGAUUUUUUUAUAGCAAACUCCUUAUGGGCUUUCAUGUGGCUUGCACUGAGG